CCUGUCCCUGUAAAGCUCGCUCCUUUCGGUUGACCAUGGAGUCAGCACUCGGCAGCGGCAGCAGCACGAGCACGAUCUCUUUGCUUUUUGGUUGGUGGUGGCGACCACGCGUCGACGGCCACCGCCACGGCCGGCGCCGCCCACCCGGGCCGACAUGGGAACAGCGGUACUAGAGGAGUGUAGUGUAGUGUAGGACACUAGAAGCCUACACCUUCUCUCUGCUUAUCUUCAACUACUACUACUAGUAAUGGCCUCGUCUCACCUUCCUCCUCGGCUCAAUCCAUGGCGGCCUCCUCCCCAUCCGCUCUCCUGCUCUCCUCCGCAGGCCCCGCUCGGGUUGGCCUGGCUGCGCCACUGGCGCUGAGGCAGCAGCGGGCGGUGCCUCGGGUGGCCGCCGCGCUGCCCGGUGGCCAGCUCCGCACGGGAAGCGCCGGCGCCGCGUCGACGUGGGCGCGCCCUCUCCGCCGCCCGGAGCUCGCCGCGGCCUCUCACCGCGCCGGCGUCCGCGGCAGGGCGCCUCUGUUCCGGCCUUGCGCAUGGAUGGCGACGUCUCAGAUUGCCAGCUGCGCCUUCACCUGGGGCACCAUCGCCGUCCUCCCUUUCUACACUCUCAUGGUCGUCGCCCCCAACGCCGACCUCACCAAACGUGCCGUGGAUAGCACCGCGCCGUACGUCGCCCUCGGCCUCCUCUACGCCUACCUGCUCUACCUGUCAUGGACGCCCGACACCCUGCGCGCCAUGUUCGCCAGCAAGUACUGGCUCCCUGAGUUGCCGGGAAUUGUGAGGAUGUUCGCCAGCGAGAUGACCGUCGCCUCGGCUUGGAUCCACCUCCUCGCCGUCGACCUCUUCGCAGCAAGGCAGGUGUAUCAUGAUGGUAUCAAGAACAACAUAGAGACCAGACAUUCGGUUUCUCUGUGCUUGCUCUUCUGCCCAAUUGGAAUCGCGACUCACGCUCUGACUAAGGUACUGGUGGGCUCAAUUGAUCGCUCACAUUGAUCGACUAUUCGACUGUAUGUAGGUUACGAUUGCUUAGAUGAUAUAUUUUUUAUCUCAUUCAUAUUAUCAUAUAUCAAUAAAGUUUAUUCAGUGCACUAUGUGUUACAUCGAGUUCAAUGUGAUUCUUGUUUUCUCCCUACAUAUCAAAUCGCUUCACCCUUUUUUUAAUUUUUUUAAAAAAUGGGAUUAGAACCAGCCUCUACAUCCAUCGGAUGCACACAUCCCUAGAACAGUUUGGCAUUUGCUAAUUUCUCUUUAGCUAAUGAAGACAAGCGCAACCGACCUAUAUGAUCAGAGUGUAAGCAACCAAUCUCAAAUGUUUUCAAGUGAAGACAUGCGAAA